AUGGUCGAAUGUCCCACGGAGUACUACGUUACCACUCCCAAGAUGACGCUUCGACCGCAAAUAUACUGGAGGCCACAAGGUAAGCGAUCCCCCAGGCAAGCCGAAUAUUAAUUUGCUGUUUUUGCGCUUACUUCCUUGCCGUUGUCUGCUUGUAUGAGUUUGUCCUUAUUGUAAGCCAAAUACCGUUCAGUUGGAUUCAUCUGCUCACCGUUUAUAGUUCAUCAGCCGGUUAGUUUAAAGAGGGAUGGGAAAACUUUGCAUCCCGCCUCUCUACCCUUUCCCUAUCCCACCUCUACACCAAUCAAAAAGUCCUACCGCUAUUGCGACAGCGAUCUUGUAAGCGGCCAAGACUAGCUCGGGCCGUUCUCUCGCUAAACCAAAAUCGUGGUCCAUAGCGGAGUUCGGCAGCUGCCUGGGAUGUCCAUGAAGCCCUAUGCCUGGAGAGCACUGCUCACCCCCGCGAGGAGGACGGGGCUAGAAAAGGUGAUCUAAACAAAUGCUGGGACUACGUCCUCUGCGCGCUGACCGUGACCGCAGACUCAAAACACACAGUCGAAACAAUCAAACAUAAAACAAUACUCUUUCUCUCUCUCUCUCUUUCUCCUCACCUCCCCGCCGCCCUAUUCCACAGGCUUGUUGGGUGACCCCUCAAUCUGGCAGCCUGGAAUGUUCUUUUCCCUCUAGACGGUCCCAGGAACAACCGACCGGGACGGAGGACAGCGCUAGUAGCUCGUGAACUAGCGGGCUACAAGGUGGACAUCACCUCACUCAGCGAGACCCGCUUCGCCGAACAAGGUCAACUGGAGGAGGUUGGUACCGGCUACGCCUUCUUCUGGAACGGUCACCCCAAGGCAGAGAAACGGGGCGCAGUUGUCGCCUUUGCCACCAGGAACGACAUCGUGGGACACCUGCCUUGUCUGCUGCAGGGCAUCGACGAUCGACUAAUAAACCUCCGCCUGCGUCUUUGGGCGGCAGAUUCGUCUCCAUCCUCAGCGCCUACGCUCUCCCGAUGACCAGCCCCGACACUGCAAGGGACAAAUUCUACGAGGAACUGCAUGCCGUCCUGGCGACUUUGUCGAAGGCGGAUAAGUUGAUUGUCCUUCAUGACUUCAGCGCCCGCGUCGGCACAGAUCAUGCUGCCUGGAGAGCAGUGCUCGGUCCCCAUGGUCUCGACGGCUCCAAGGUCAAUGGGCUGUUCCUCCUACGAACCUGCGCAGAAUACCGGAUCAUUCUGACCAACAGCUACUUCCGCCUCCCGAUGCGAGAGGAGACCACCUGGCUGCACCCUCGGUCGCGUCAAUGGCACCUGCUGGACUAUGUCCUCGUCCGGAGGCGCGACCAGCGGGACGUGCUGGUGACAAAGACAAUCUCUGGUGCCGAAGGUUGGACCGUCCACCGCCUCGUCAUCUCCAAGAAGUGGAUUCGCCUACAGCAUCGCGAGAGACCUCAAGGUAAUUUAUCCCCAGGUAAACUGAACAUUCCUCUGUUGUCGUUGCCUGCCAACCAUUUCCAUUUCAUCAAUGAGCCAGCGCAACGGAUAGCCAGCCUUCCAAUCGCCACCGCUGCCGCUGACGGGAAAGCUUCUGCGGAGAACUGA